AUUGCACCGCAGUCGCAGAAACCUCGUCCUCCGUGCGAGAUCGAAGCCGAUUAAGGUGAAGGAGAACGCAACCGUAAGCGCUUCUCUGAUCGAUGACUGGUUCAAGCCAAUUACGGCGAAGGAGGAUUCUGAUGCUGGUGCGUUUUCUGGUUCUGCGAUCUUCGUUUUCAGUUCGCUAUCAAGAUCUGGAAUUAAUGUCUUUUUUUUUUUCUUUUGAAAUGCGAAUAUUUAAGACUCGUUGUUAUAGGUAAUUUUCAAGGAGCUUCUUUAUACCGUAAGAAGGCCGUGCACGGAGAAAUUUUGAUACGUUCGGAAUCUUUAAUCUUAAUUCUUACUUUUUUUAAUCAUAAAUAAAAAUAAAAAUGCGUCUGUUUCAGUUGGUCACGCGCAAACAAAUUCAACGAUAUAAUUAUUAUGGGAAAAGACGGCGAAGUAAGAGAUUCGUGUUGAACCAUUUAAAAUUUGUAGACCUCAGCUACGUGGGUCAUAAUCAUAAUUCAGUGCCGUGUAGAUAUAGCAAGCAACUUUUUUCAUCUGUGUUGUGCCGAACUUUCAAUGUAAAAUCGAUUCAUCUGUUUGCCCAAAAGAAAAACGAACAUAUUCUUGUUGAGUGGCUCUUGAUAGCUGAUAAAGGUGACUUUUCUGGUAAAAAUCUCUCCCAGAUGUCAAAUGUUGCGAACUCGACAAAUAUUAUGUGGCAUGACUGUCCAAUUCAGAAACAAGAUAGACAGCAGCUGCUUCAGCAAAAAGGCUGUGUUAUAUGGCUAACUGGCCUCAGUGGUUCAGGAAAAAGCACUAUUGCAUGUGCUUUGAGUCGAAGCUUGCACUCCAAAGGAAAACUGUCUUACAUCCUUGAUGGUGACAAUAUUCGGCAUGGUCUAAACCAAGAUCUUAGUUUCAGAGCAGAAGAUCGUUCUGAAAACAUUAGAAGGAUUGGUGAGGUGGCUAAACUCUUUGCAGAUGCUGGUGUUAUUUGCAUCACUAGUUUAAUAUCACCAUACCAAAAGGAUAGAGAUGCAUGCAGAGCACUAAUGCCAAAAGGAGAUUUUAUUGAGGUUUUCAUAGAUGUUCCACUACAUGUGUGUGAAGCUAGGGACCCAAAGGGACUCUACAAGCUUGCUCGAGCUGGAAAGAUCAAAGGUUUCACUGGUAUAGAUGAUCCAUAUGAACCACCGAGUAGUUGUGAGAUAGUAUUACAACAGAAAGGAAGUAACUGUAAGUCUCCCAGUGAUAUGGCUGAAGAAGUGAUAUCCUACUUAGAGGAGAAUGGAUACCUACGGGCUUGACUUCAUUUUUAAAGCCUUUCUUUGUUGAUUGCUUUAAAGGGUCCUUUCUUGUAACCUGUAGUUAUAUUGUGUGUAAUUUUUGGCGCAUAAAAACUUGCUCCUUCCAUAUUUCCAAUCAUUCUUUACCUGACACAUAGUCGACAUUUUCAAUUAAAAGAAAAAAAAGAUAGCACUCGACUAUAUGUCAAGUGGAGAUUAGUUGGGACCAUGGUAGUCUCAAAUCAUGUAAUAAUUUCUCCCUUCCAGCAGUAAGGAAAUCAUCGUUUCCUGCAUAUCUGCUUUAGGCCAAAAUAAAAAGGGUAGAGCCUUGAGGAAGGACUAAGGAGUUAGCGCUGCUUGGUACAACACCUAUGAAGAAAUUAUUACUAUUAGUGUAUCUAAUUUGUAUCUUAUAGCCAACAAUUGGUUGUUGUGGAAUGUAUAGCGCCAGUGAAAAUCUAUGUCAUCCUAAGUAAACGCAAUAGGAACUAUUAACACUGGGAGUGCUUGUUCUCAA